AUGGUCCGUCGGCGAGGAGAAAGACACGGAAUGACAGCGUCAGCUCCGGGAAUGAGACACCGACGCCUCCAACAGGUCCCGUCGAAGCACCUGCUUUGUGGAGGAAGCAGAGAGGAAGGAAAAAAACACUGCAGGGUGAAGAAUGUCGCGCUCGACGGCGACCCCUGGCACGGAGAAAACCCGCGGCGGCCGAAGGGCGGCUCAGUCCUUUCUCAAGAGCUACCGAGUGACCUGUGCCGCGCCCGGACCUUCGUCGAACCAGUGGAGUGCACUCAUUGUUCGCUGCUGCUGUUUGUUUCUAAAACCUGCAACUUGAAAGCGUUCGUGGUCCCACUUGCUGUCGUUCAGUACACAAAUGCAGCUGCGCAGUAUCCCGAAGCCGCGAUGUGGGAAAAUCAUCCGUCGGGUUUGCGGUCAAACAUUUCGCUCGCUAGUCUGCCAAAAUGCCGCGGCGGGUUUCAGUACCCGUCCGAGCUUAGGGAAGGAACGACGCCGGAAGCAGCCACAGUUGUUCCGGGUGCGGCAGACCUGGAGCUACAACUGGAUUCGGGAUCGAGAAGACGAAGCAAAUACAACGUCCACUGGAAACGCCCGAAAAGUCACCUGUAUGAAUAUAACUUCGACUAUGGUUCAAAUUAUUACAAGUCCAUGAUCAACUACAUCGACGAACGCAACAAGUACGGAUCAAAUCCCGAGGUGCCGAAACCACAGUCCUGGGAGGAGCGCGCUUUGAAGUCAUACCUGGAACGCGCCAAACGCGAGAAAGAGCUCAAGGGCAACACAUAUGAUGCACAACUUAUGACGAGCAUUCGCAGAAGCAGUUCCAUGUACUUCCAGCAUACGAAGAAUUACGCCCGAAGGCUAACCACACGCAUCAAUGUGGACGCCUUGCUCUGAAAACUGCGCCCGUUAUUGUCAGCCGCGAAUGCACCCGAGGGUGACGACCGUAUAUAUGCAUUCGACGCGAUUCCCUCCUCUUGACCGUGCCAAUACAAAACAAGCAAAAGGAUCGUUUUGUCCAAGACUCCCACUCGAGAUUUUGAAACGAAUCAAUAAAACAAAUUGAAAAAAUCGAACCACUUCAGUUAUCCCCUCUGAACCAACGACAGCGUUUGAUGAGAUUAUGUAUCUCUUUGCUCUCAUUCAUCAUCAAUGACUCGCCUAUAUGGAAAGAUGGGCAUUCGACAUGAAGUACGCUUGAGGGUGUCGAAGUGGUGCUUUGUUUUGCGUCCUGGUGUCCGCUGCGUGCUGUCGAUUACCUUUGUCUGAUUUCUUCCCGAAAUAUUUUCGACUAAAUCAUGUCUUACCACAAUUAAAUUUGAGGCAAGAAAGAAAAGUAGCUGCGUUCAGCCGAUAUUGUCUCAAAGAAAAUUGUCUCAUCGUCCAGAGCAGAUUCUGAGUGUUAUAGUCACCGAUCUUGAUGCAAUAAAUGCUGUCGAAAACGC